AUGGCUGGCGAGGCGGCAGCCCGUUCGUCGCGGCGCUCGGCGUCGGUCACGGCAGCGGCAGCAGCGGCGGCGGCGGCGGCGGCGGCGGCGGCAGUGGCAGCGGCGGCGUCGUCGAUUGGCCCCGCAAGCGCAGAGGGUGCGGCGGGAAGAGGCGGAGGAGGCGGCGAAGGCUCGAUCUUUGACUCGGGCUUUGGCAGCUUCCUCGACUCGGGCCUCUACGCUGACGUGGUGGUCCAUGAUGCGGCGGCAGACGUGGUCUUCCGCGCCCACAAGCUCAUCCUGUGCAACGCGUCGGACCAGUUUGCCGCCGCCCUCACCGCCCAUCCGGACGAGGCCCACGCCUUUGGCCCGCGACGAACGGGCUCGGCCUCAUCGCGCGGCAUGGUCGCCAUGCACGCCGCCGCCACCGCACGCCGCCGCCGCCGCCAGCGCACCCUCUCGCGGGGCCGACGCGCGAGCAAGGGCAAGGCCUCGGAAUCCGAGUCGGGCUCCUCGUCGAGUUCGUCAGACUCAACAUCGGCGUCGUCAGGUGAGGCUUCAUCGGCGUCAAGCUCGAGCUCAGCCACCCCCGCCAGCCUCGGUCAUGUGCGGAGCCCAAAGGGCGCAAUGCCGCCGCUGUGGAAGCGACCGCGUGCUCUGCUCACACCGCCGACCCGAACCUCGUCGCCGGUCGCCGUCCUCGAUCCGGCCUCCGCCGCCGCCGUCACCGCAGCACACAGUGGUGACCUCGAAGGUAUCGUCCUCGACUCGGUCGUCGUUGUCCGCGUCUCGGCGCCCGACCCUCAGCGGCUGCUCGGCCAGCUGCUGAGUUUCAUGUACACCGGCAAGGCGCGGGUGACUCCAGACAACUACAUUGCCCUCAUGGCGCUGGCAGACGCCUACGGCGUCGACGAGCUCCGCAACGUGCUCACUACCUACGUCCGCCGCGCCAUCAAGGCCGACAACGCCAUCGACGCCCUCUCCACCGCCAUCUCCCUCGGCUGCGAGUCGGUCGCCUCGCGUGCCAUCGACACCAUUGCCCGCAACUUCCACCGCUUGCGCAAGGCCGACUACUCUUCGCUCCCGCUCCACCUCGCCGCAAAGCUGUUCUUCCACCCGCGGCUCUCCGCCAAGACCGAGUUUGCUGUCUACACCGCCGUCAAUGCGUACUGCGCCGCCAUGCUUGCCGAUGACCCGCCGCGGAGCCUCCCAGCUAGCGCCGCGUUUGACCGACCCCGGCUCGGCUCGUCGUCGUCGUCGACUUCGAACCCGCCAGCCGCAUCGGACCGCGUCGCCGCCCUCUUUGAGGCUGUCCGCUUUACUUUUAUGACUGUGGCCCAGCUCGAGGAAGUCGCCACCAACAAGCUCGUCCCGCGCGAGCUCCUUCUCGAGGCCGCGCUCGCCCGUCUCCGACGGGUCGAGCUCGGCGAGGACCCGAUGCAGGUCUCAAGCGCGGCCCGUCUCCAGCCGCGCAAUGCCUACGGAAAGCACUUUGAGUACCAGUACGACUUUGACGAGAACGGCAUCCUGUUCUACAUCGGGACCGGCGGUGGCGCCCACGAGUUCCGCAACCCGGCCAUUCCCGUCGCCGGCGCUGAGUUCCAGUCGGUCAAGGUCACGGCCUCGUCGAUUCAAAAGGGCACCCCUUUGCUUGUCCUUGCCCGCGACGGUCAGGCCCCGUUCUGGACUGCAAACGUCCCGGCCUCGUGGUUCUGCAUCGACUUUGGCGACGAGCGCCGCGUUCGGCCUACCUACUACACCCUUCGUCACGGCGGCAACUACAAGGCCGACUCGCUCCGCAACUGGGAGCUCCAGGGCUCGGUCGACGGCGUGAGCUGGGAGGACCUCAAGCGCCAUCGCAACGAUACGGCGCUCAACGGCAAGUUCGCCUCGGCGUCGUGGCCCGUCGACGGCGCCCCGCGCGCCUACCGCUACCUUCGCAUCCUGCAGUCGGGCCGCAACUCGUCUAACCACAACUUUCUUGCCCUCUCCGGCUUUGACGUCUACGGCGACCUCAUCACUACUGCCCGCUUCAACGCUCUUUAGCCGCCCGUGCAAUCAAAACAUCGACG